CCGAAUUUAAAAGAAGCGGAGGCGAUCUAAAGGCCUGCGUGCGGGGAGUGCGUUUUUCCACGCACAGGGCUGCGGAUGUGGAGCAGAGCUGUAAACGUGGACAGUCUCCAGGCCCUUUAAAUCCAUCAAGACAAAACCAGUUUGCAAGGAUUUGAAACAGACAAGUUCAGAGACUGGUCUUCUCCAGGUGUUCCAGUCAAAGAAUUCCCUCAAGCCCCUGAUCACUUCAGCAGACCACCAAAUCACAAACACUGCAGAAGAAGAGAGGAGGGAUACACGGGAAUGUUUUCUUAUCAUGGUUGGACUGGGAGCAAAAAGAGGCUUGUAUUUAAUAUUUCUAAUACUUUUCUGUGUGAACUUUGUGUUUAUUAAGACAGCCGCACAAUAUGAGAGUUACAGCUUCAGAAGUUUUCCCAAAGAAGAACUCCUUCCUCUCACCGCAGCCUACGGACUGGCGCUGGACAGCUACGCUGCAGGAAACUGGACCGAAUCCAUCCAGUACUUGGAGCUGAGUUUGCGUUUGCACCGACUUCUCAGGGAAAGUGUGCGGUUCUGCUCGGUCCAGUGUAACCGCAGCAGUCACGAGGAGCCGCUUUCUCCCGCAGUAGCCCCGGAUCUAAGCGUCUGCUGGCGCGUCCUGAGGACGGCGUCCUGUCAGAAGAAGUGCAGGGCGCAUUUCCCGGUCCUGCAGCUGACGCCUCCCGGCCCCGAGAUCCUGGAGGAGUUCAGCAAAAGAUCCCCGUACCGAUAUCUGCACUUUGCUCACGCUAAGCUGGACGACCUGCAGCGGGCCGUCCCGUGCGCCUACACCUUCCUGCAGAGGAACCCCGGGGACCAGGAGAUGCUGCAGCUGAUGGAGGAGUACAAGAACGAGUACGACCUCGAUGGCUUCCUCGUCGACCACGAACAACGACUUUAUGAGCCAUCCUUUGUUAGCGGCGUGAAGCUUGUCGACUUGGGGAAGUACAGCGGCGGUUCUGAACGCCUGGAGGAAGCACUGAGGCUCUACCUGCAGGAGUACGACCUCUGUCAGGCCGAAUGUGACGGGAUCGGCCAUUUUUCUUCACACACAGACUUCUACGCUCUAUUAGCCGAAGUCUACUUUGACAUGUUAAAAUGCAGGAUAAAGUGCGAGGAAAACCUAAAGCCCAACGUUGGCGGCUACUUUGUGGAGAACUUCGUUCCCACUAUUUACCACUACCUCCAGUACGCCUAUUACAAACUGAACGACGGCCGCAGAGCCGUGCCUUGUGCGUACAGCUACUUCCUGUUCCAGCCAGAAGACCCGGUGAUGAAGGACAACCUGCUGUACUAUGAGGCCUACAGCCCACAGUGGGGCCUGCAGUUCCAUCACUUCACACCCAGAACAGAAGCUCUUCGAUACCACAACCAGACCGUCGCUCAAAAACAGAUGUUGACGUUUCUAAUAAAGUACUUGGAGACGAAUGAUGAGGGUUUUAGUGGACCAGAAGAAAAUCCACUUUUGUCCUCCGAGUCUCCUGAUGCCGAGUUUGAAGGUGUGGGAGAUUAUGAAGAGUCCAUGUUUGCAAAAUGGAGGCAGAAGAAAGGAAAAGGAGACGCAGGAGAAGCCGACAUCUGAACUCAACCAUUUACAGCUUCAGCUCUGCUGUCUUUAGGAAUGGUAUACUUAUAUUUAUUUAAACUAGUACCAUAAUAAUAAUUUUAAGCAUAGUUAUGCCAUGAAGUUUUUUUUUGACCCUCUGUUUAACAAAACAGCAACAAUUUUUAAGCAAACUGUUUAAAAAAACUGAUCGAAUCUGCAUUUGCUUUUCACCUUAUUUGUUUUAGUUGAAACCUGUUCGAUAAUGUCACAUUAAAUGUCCAAAGAGUUUGAAAUAAUUAAUCAGGCUUUUCUUUUAAAUCACAAAAAACAAAGUAUUUUGCUUUUAAUCUUAUUUAUUUUAACUUUUAAUUUUGCUCUGCUCAGCUAAAUAAUAAAGCACCUUUUCCAGACGUAUUUGUUUUAAAAACAUUUUCUAUAAAGAUUAAUUUAUAAAAAUUUGUUUCUACUUUUAUUAAGUAACCUAAAAUCUUUUCUUUUUUAAAAAUUUCUGAUAGGGAAGUUGGUAACAUUAUUCUUUUAGUCUAAAAUUAUUUAAGGUAUUAAGCUCUGUUAUGAUUAUUUUCUAAAAUCAAUAUUUUGUGCAAAAAAUUUCACAAAAAUAUUUAUAAGGUAAAUUUCUCAGUUGCCUCACUGGCCUUUAUGAAAGCCAUAAAGCGACAGAAAUCUUUAAGGCAGUGGUGUUCAAACGUUUUGCAAUGGAGAUGAAAACUGUCACUGGAUAAUUUUUAUUGGGACAUUUUUUAACGAAAGUAGGAAGAUUGGGUUUUACCAGCUCAACAACCUAAAAAUGCUAAAUUUAAAAGAAGUAAGCAAAGUACGCAUAUUUUUGUCAAAGGCAAUCUGCCAACCAUUGCAGAUCUAAAAUAUAAUCUAAAUCUAAAAUAUAAGUUAGGAAAAAAAAAACAAAUAAUGUCCAAAAUUUUCAGGAUGAUAGACCCAAAAAAAUAUUUUAUUUUGCCCAGUUGGAAUUAGAGUUGGAAGGAGGUUUGGAAUUAACCAUAACUAUCCUUCCAACCCUAAUCCCAAUCAUCCUUCCAACCCUCCCUCUCUAUCUCCAACCCUAGUUAAAACUAUCCUUACAACCCUAAUCCAACCCUAAUCCAAUCCCAACCCUCCUUCCAACCCUGUAACUGUAGGCCAAGAUGCUAGUCAUAGCCUCGUGGCUAUUCCUCCAUUUAUUUCUUUUAUUUUAUAAUCUGUUUUGACCUGAAAGUUUAGCUAUAUAAGCUUUUUUUCAAUCGACUUUUAAUAAAUUUCUAAUAUUCUUUGGUUGGAAUUUUGGCAUUGACUUAAAGUUUUCACUCCUCAUUUACAGUUCUUAUAUUUGCGUUUUGCAGGGUUUUGCUUUAUUCUGCCUCUUCACUAAAAAUUC